AUGUUGAUUCUCAUUCACGAACAGCUCUCCAGAAACCGGAUCCUUAUAGAAGAGGGACCCAUAUGUCAGGUGACGAGUACUACAGCCGAACGCAAGUCCAGAACCAACUUAAUUAUCAACAAAAAGGGACAAAUAGUUAUGAAACACAACUCCUUCUUAGACGAAGGAAUUCCUAUUUUUAUUGUCUUUAAAGCAAUUGGUUUUGAGAGCGAAUCAGAAAUUGUCGAAUUGAUUUGUGGCACCACUUCGGCCACCGAUGGCAUUGAUCCCAGUCUUCUCAUCCCAUCCAUAGAGGUGUGCCAUAAGUCCCAGAUAUGGACCUCUGAUUUGGCGCUUAAAUAUAUGGCCAACAAAUUGAAGUCAAAGACACAGUUCUUUGGAAAACCCGAAUGGAAUACCGAAAGGAGGAAACCCGCCGUCGAGAUCGUGAGGGAACUGUUGGCCACCACUAUUGUGGCCCACAUUCCUGUCAAAGACUUUAAUUUUAGACUUAAAGCUAUAUAUUUGGCUCAAAUGGUGAAGCGCUUAAUUUGUGCCUUAAGUGACCCGUCUUUUAUCGAUGACCGCGACUAUUACGGCAACAAACGUCUAGAAUUAGCCGGUUCUCUGAUCGCCAUUCUCUUCGAAGACCUCCUCAAGCGAUUCAAUUCAGAACUUCGGACAAUUGCCGAUAAGAACAUUCCGAAGAUCAAAGUGUCUCAGUUUGAUAUCGUAAAGCAUAUGAGACAAGACCUCAUCACCAAUGGAUUGAUUAAUGCGAUCGCAACGGGGAAUUGGACUUUAAAGCGGUUUAAGAUGGAAAGGGUUGGCGUGAGUCAAGUGUUGAGUCGAUUGAGUUAUAUCUCGUGCUUAGGAAUGAUGACUCGCAUUAACUCUCAGUUUGAGAAAACCCGCAAAACC